AUGAAGCUGGCCUGCAUCGCUGCUGCCUUGACCGCCACUUUCGCUCCGGUGCGAGCUAUCUGGCCGUUGCCCCAGAGCCUCACGAACGGUUCCACGGCGCUGCGCCUAUCGUACGGCUUCCAUAUUGUUGCGGACUUCCCGCAUGCAGCGUCAGACGUGUACGAUGCCAUCGAGCGCACAAAGACUUACCUCUUCACGGAUAACCUCGAGCGGCUCGUCGUGGGACGCGGUUCUGGCGAUGUCAGCUCUUUUGAGACGUCGCAAUACUUGAACCAGUUGCAGCUCUCGCUCGCGCCUGGUUCGUCCGUGCUCUCUAUCACCGAGGAGGCUCAGAAACCGCUUGAUGAACGGGACGAGGCGUAUAACUUGACUGUGCCAAGUGAUGGUUCUCCAGCUACGAUCACGGCUACUUCGACACUCGGGCUGUUCAGAGGUCUGACGACAUUUACGCAAUUGUGGUAUACCUACGAUGGCACCAUCUAUACGCUGUCUACUCCUCUACAGAUCGAAGACUAUCCUGCAUAUCCAUACCGCGGUUUAUUGCUUGACACCGCUCGUAACUAUUUCCCCGUGUCCGAUAUUUUGCGUACGUUGGAUGCUGCAGAAUUGGUCAAGAUCAACCAGUUCCACUGGCAUGUAGUCGACAGCCAGAGUUUCCCGCUCAUUAUUCCUGGCUUCGAAGAGCUUGCAACCUACGGUGCUUAUUCCGCAUCGAUGGUAUAUACCCCAGCAGACGUGGCGAACAUUAUCUCAUACGCUGGCGCACGCGGUAUCGAUGUCAUGGUCGAAAUUGAUACUCCUGGCCAUACUGCGGUUAUCGCUGAUGCUCACCCGGACUUCGUUGCGUGCAACCAGGCCACCCCUUGGGCUUCAUACGCAAAUGAGCCUCCCGCUGGUCAACUACGAUUUACGAACGAGACAGUCGCGCAAUGGACGGCCUCGCUCUUCGCAGAGGUCGCCAAGAUGUUCCCAUCUUCCAUCAUCAGCACAGGUGGAGAUGAGAUCAACAUGCCAUGUUACAACGAUGAUUAUGAGACGCAGCUGGACCUUAAUACGACUGCACGCACGUUCAACGAUGCUCUGGCCAACUUUACGGCGGCGACACACGAUGUCAUCUAUGCCGCUGGCAAAACGCCUGCGGUCUGGGAAGAACAAAUUUUGAACUACAACUUAUCACUUCCGACUAAUACUUACGUCCUGGUCUGGAUUUCCUCCGACGAUGUGCUCGCUGUCGCAGAGAAAGGAUAUCCGAUCAUUCAUGCAGCUUCGAACUACUUCUAUCUUGACUGUGGAGGUGGCGGAUGGGUAGGAGAUUACCCGGCUGGCAACAGCUGGUGCGAUCCAUUCAAAACCUGGCAAUACUCUUAUUCGUUCGACCCCAUUGCAAACCUCACGGCUGAACAAGCCAAGCUUGUGAAAGGCGGUCAGCAAAACCUGUGGACUGAACAGUCGAGCCCAUCCAACUUGGACCCCGUCGUUUGGCCUCGCGCUGCGUCCUCGGCGGAGCUCUUCUGGAGUGGGCCGUUUGGCAAUGUUGACUUGGCGCUGCCUCGCCUGCACGAAGUCUCGUUCCGUAUGCAGCAGCGCGGUAUCCACACCAUUCCGCUGCAACCCCUCUGGUGUGCGCUGAGGCCCUACGCCUGUGACCUUACAGCGUGA